UUCCCUCUAUAUCCCGCUGACGCUGGUUCAUUGUGUUUUUCCACAAGAAGAAGAAGAUUGUUUUCCAUCGACACAAGCCUUCGAGGCUCAGAAGGGCAGGGAGUGGGACCAAGCGAGGCUAGGCUGUAUUUUUUUAUAUUUCGUUGAAAGUUUAGUAUUAUUUGAACAGCAUAAUGACAGAUAAAAUGGAUAUGUCCCUAGACGACAUUAUCAAACAGAACAGGCAGCAGAGAGGCGGAGGCCGUGGUGGAAGAGGCCGUGGUCGGGGAGGCUCAGGCGGGGGCCGAGGAGGUGGUGUCGGGCGUCUUGGAGGCACCGGGGGAGGAUUUGGAGGCCGAGGCGGCGGAUCCGGCCCCAUGAGGAACCGACAGAACCUGAACCGCGGUAGAGGCAGACCGUCGCCUUACAGCAGGCCUAAGCAGCUUCCGGAUAAGUGGCAGCAUGACUUGUUCGACAAUGGCUUCGGUCCCAGCACUGGGGGUGGCGGUGGAGCUGGUGUGGAAACUGGAGGGAAGCUGCUUGUCUCCAAUCUCGACUUUGGAGUCUCAGAUGCAGACAUUCAGGAGCUUUUUGCUGAAUUUGGAACUCUGAAGAAGGCUGCAGUUCAUUACGACCGGUCUGGAAGGAGUUUGGGCACUGCAGAUGUCCAUUUCGAAAGGAGAGCAGAUGCACUCAAGGCCAUGAAACAAUAUAAUGGUAUCCCGCUUGACGGACGCCCGAUGAACAUACAGCUUGUAACCUCACAGAUCGACACACAGAGGCGACCUAUGCAGGGGUUGAACAGGGGUGGUGGAGGAAUGAACAGAAAUCGUGUGAGUGGCUUUGGAAACAUGCAGAGAGGACGUGGAGGUCGUGGUGCUGGGGGCGCCAGAGGAAGGGGUCGAGGUGGCCGUGGCGGCAGCAAGCAGCAGCUUUCAGCAGAGGAGCUUGACGCCCAGUUAGAUGCCUACAAUGCCAGGAUGGACACCAGCUAAGAACUGAAGCCCGUCCUGUCUUCCCUCCUGUCUGCACAGAAGGGCGGUUGCAGUUGUUACAGAAUGGAAAUGUGCAGGAUAUUUUACACUUGGAUGUCUUCUAUUGUGAUUGCAAUUCAUGUACCGAUCUUCUUUUAAAUGCUCCGAAGUGUUUUUUACCAGUUGUUUUUUUUUUUUUUUUCCUUUUUGUUUGUUUUUUGAGGAAAAAUGGUUUUGACUGUAGGUUAAUGGGAAUUGGGCUUUUCCUUUGUCCACUCCUUUUCCCUGUAGUUGAGUGUAAUAAAACCUGCAGUGCAUAUUAACCAAA